CUAGGGCACAAUUCUACGCCUUUAUUUUGAAAGCUGAAAGCGGAAGUUGCAUGCCCCUAACGAGCAACUUGACUCGAGUGGUUGAGGUGGAGGCAGUCAGCCUGCGCCAGACAAACAAGCAAGGAUAGAUCGAAGAGCUCGCAUUCGGUCCCGGUUCUAAAUGAGGGGGAACUAGUGGAAGUCAGGGAUGAGCGAAUUUGUGAAAAACACGCUGUUUGUGUGUCUGUAACGCGAGCUCAGUUACUUAUUGUUCCGCACGCCGGUGUCCAUCAGACGUUGAGUGCCGCCGUUGCCCCGACCUGCCUGGAGCGAACACUAAGGGGGACUCCAUGAAAGAUGACAGAGGAGGUGAUUGUUGUAGCCAAGUGGGACUACACGGCCCAGCAGGACCAGGAACUUGACAUCCGUAAAAACGAGCGGCUCCACCUCCUCGACGACUCCAAGACCUGGUGGCGCGUGCGCAACGCCUCCAACCAGACGGGCUACGUGCCGUCCAACUACGUGGAGCGCAAGAACAGCCUGAAGAAAGGCUCGCUGGUGAAGAACAUCAAGGACACGCUGGGUUUGGGAAAAACAAAGAGGAAGACAAGCGCUCGUGAUGCUUCGCCAACGCCGAGCUCGGACACCGAGUACCCCUCCAAUGGAAGCGGGGGCGGCGGGACGGGAGGCGGCGCCGCCGAGAGAAUCUACGACCUCAACAUCCCCGCCGUGGUCAAGUUUGGCUACUCGGCGGAGAGGGAAGACGAGCUGACCCUGCUCAAGGGCUCCCGGGUCAUGGUGAUGGAGAAGUGCAGCGACGGCUGGUGGCGGGGCAGCCAGGCGGGUCGAGUGGGCUGGUUUCCGUCCAACUACGUCCAGGAGGAGCCCGCUGGAGCAGACGAGCGCGCGGAGGGGGAUUCCUCCCGCGGCUUCCACGCGGGGCCGGGGACUUUGCUAGCGAACGGGCGGGCGGGCGGCUACGGCGCGGUGCUCCACCUGGUUCAGACGCUCUACCCCUUCAGCUCCGUGACGGAGGAGGAGCUGAACUUCGAGAAGGGAGAGGUCAUGGAGGUGGUGGAGAAGCCCGAGAACGACCCGGAGUGGUGGCGGUGCAAGAACUCGCGUGGCAUGGUGGGCCUGGUCCCUAAAAACUAUGUGAUGGUGGUGGACGAGCGGCCCGGGCCGCCCGCCUCCGCGCCAAGCUCCCCCCAGAGCCGCUCGGGGAAGUUCGCCGGGAGGGACUGGUACUAUGGCAACAUCACCAGAAACCAGGCCGAGAGCAUUCUCAACGAGAGGGGAGCGGAGGGCGACUUCCUCAUAAGAGACAGCGAGUCCUCGCCCAGUGAUUUAUCGGUGUCUCUGAAGGCAGCGGGGAAGAACAAACACUUUAAAGUGCAGCUUUCGGAUGGCAUGUACUGUAUCGGCCAGCGCAAGUUCAACUCCGUGGACGAACUCGUGGAGCACUACAAGAAAGCCCCCAUCUUCACCAGCGAGCACGGAGACAAGCUGUAUCUGGUCAAAGUGCUGCAGUGAUCCACCCGCGUCGCACCCACACUGGAUCUCACACAGACACUCAUGCACAUUAUACAUACAUCGUACUAACGUCUCCCUGACUGUCUUAACUCAAGCCUUAGCUCUGGACCCUCUCGCUGUGACGCCUGGACCACAUCCAGGGCCUCAGCCACGACUCUACCCGCUCUGCCCCCUGGUGGCGACCAGUGGAAGGGCGUCCCCGGCACCUCUCACGCUGGAUGUGCUACUGUGCAGUGACCACACCUGCUGCUAACAGAACGCCUGAGGCCUUUCCAGGGUUGAGCGCUCACUAUGAUGUCAUGCAUACUGUCCGUUUACUGCCAUGCACAUUGUAGAUCACACCAUUGCUCUUAAUCCACACACAUGGACAGACCUUUUGAGGGACCUGACUUCUGUCAGUUUGCUGGCCAUUGUCAUUGUUUUAGUUUGGCUUGCUCCUUUUUGUUUUGUUUUCUCUCUUUCAAAAGGUAAUUUAUUGUAAUAUUUGUUCGAGACUUCACAAAGUGACCAGAAUCACUCUCUUGCCUUUUUCUCCUUAUUUCUCUACAUGAUUUCUCUUCCAUCAAAAAUGUUUCUCGGUCUCUUUUCAGAUUCCUUCUUGUUUCUGUCUUCACGGGCUCAGCCAUUAUUAGUGAUGCUAGUGGAGAUCUGGACACAACACUUCCUGUAAUAUUUCUAAAGAGCAGCGGUGGAGCGUAAUAGGGGAGAAUUCUGAGGUCCUGUAGAGUCUGAAUGUUAAUCAAUGUAACCAAAUGUGCCACCCUGCACCCAGGUCUGCACUGCACUCACCACGCUAGACAUUCGUUCUUAGCUCCCUGCGCCUGCUUUAUACUUUGUCACAGUUCUCCAGUGUCUGUCUGUAACUGUGCCAGGAUACUGACUGAAGAGUUGUAAAAAGAUGUGUUAGCAAUUUGAUUAAAUCCUUUUUAAUCUUCUCCAGGUCCUGCUAAUAAAUUAUAUAAAGAUGAUUCUUCAGAUAGAAUUUUUCACUGAUACAUAUAUCUUUGUGAAGCUUGUGAUUUAAAUUUAGCAAAGCAUUAAUAAAUGAACUUUAUACACAUACAGGUUAAGGUUAUGAACUGCUAAUAAUCCACCCACAGCUACCGACCGUUGAUUAAACCCCCUUCCUUCAACAUAGCUUAGCGUGUGUAGCAGCCAAACACACAGUUGAAUUCAAAAGUUAAUACUAUGAUCACUGAGUCUGCUGUAACUGAAAUGAUAACGUCACCGUCUGUAUUAAAGAGUUUGAGGAAAUUCUAACUUCACCCCCUGAUGGGACGGAGCUUAACGGAUGGUCAGGUUUUAACGCCGGCCACGUUUCACUGUCACAGAACCAAAUACUUCCUGUAUGGUUUGUAGCGAAAGCAAAUCGAGUCCUACCAAACAUCUUCCUUGUUCGUUUCUUCUUUUGCGAUGUGCAUUUGUUUACCAAUGGAAGUGUUGUUGAUCAUGGGGUCCUCAGCUUUUAUAUGAUAUAUCUGAAUGUUAUUGAACAUUGUUAUUUAAUUCUUGUCUUCACUGUAUGUAUAUAUUCAAAAUAAGAUGAGGUGCAUAUAUGACUCGUUAAGAUCCAACUAUGGUACUGUAUCACCGACAAUAUGAUGAGAAUUUAAAUACUUUUGUUCAAUAAAAGAUUUUCAGUAGUAAAUGUA